AUGAUGCCCUUUCCGGAGCGGCGCAACGAGGCCGCGAUGCUGCGGGCCUUUCACAAGCAGUACCCCAGCUACAACUUGACGCCGCUGCUCUACAAGCGGCAACAGCAGUUGAUCGAUGCUCGGGCCUUCAACGAGUGGCUGGCCAACCGGCGUCAGCGCCAGGAGGGCGAAGCCUAUGCGGAUGAAGUGGGGCGUGCAGUCGACGCCGUCAACAGGAGGAUCCCGCAAUUGAGGUGGGCCCCCGCCGAGCGAGCGGGCGUGCGCCGAGUUGCGCGGGACGAGCGACGUGCGCACGGCUUCCGCGUCAGACCCUCCUACGGGCAAGUCUUGGGCUACAUAGCCGAGGGCGAGCCCUUGCCCAUCAAUCUCCCAAACCGCAACGCAUCCAUCCUGACAUCAAGCCACUUCUGGCUUCAGGACUACCCCCAGAGCAGCGAGCCCGAACCUGCCCCGCUGCCCCACACGACCGUGGACCCUGCAGCGGCCUACGAGGAUGCCAACGAAGGCUACGAUGGGGUGCCCUUCCCGAGAAGGGACUUCCUGCGCCCACGGCCCUUCGACCUGGACAGCGAGUCUGAUUUUGGUGCCGUGGACCCCGGCCAGGCGCUGCGCAACGACGGGUUGAACCCACCGCCGGCGCCGGGCUUUUUGGGGCGGCUGCAGCAGGCCGAGGCCGCUGCGGGAGCUGCUGCGGGACUGGCGGGCUCUGCUUCUGCCAUUGCGGGGCACGGGCAAGACCUCUACAACGAGGGCCUAGCACCCCCGCCUGACGAGGUGGCCCCUCCGCAAAUCAUCGGCCGGCCCAGCGAAGUGGAGCCGCUGCUGGAGCGAGCGGGCCAGCGGGCGCAGGAGGUGGAGAGGACGGCAGCCCGAGACAUCGAGCAGUUCAUGAGCGAGCAGGUGGCCGAGGCCGAGGCCACGGAAGGUUUCGCUUCCACGGCGGAGGCGGCUGCAGGAGCUGCAGAAGCGGCAGCGGCUGCAGAGGGCCCCGGAGCGCUUGCGCUGUUCGGCGAGGCGGCACUGGGCACCGCUGCGGGCAUGGGAGCGGCAGCAGGAAGCCUCGCAGUGGCCGGCGGGGCGGCCGCACUCGUGGGAACCGCAUGGGCACUGCACGGCGGCAUGGUGGCGGCAGAGCACCUUUUGGGCUGGGGCGGAGGAGGAGGCACGGACACGGACGCAUCGCGCCCUAGCUCCGCGCCAGACAUCCAGACCUUGAAUGGGAUGCAGGAGUUUGGAGCUGAGCAACACUUCCAGCUCCGGGAGCAACGCCCGCGGACGCAGUUUUACCGCAUGCACACUGAGGACGAAUCGGAGCCGCGGGCACAGCCGCCCCCGAGGGUGCAGGCUCGUCCCGCGAGGCCCACGCGUUUCCCCACAGGCCUCAACCCCGCUCCCUUGGCGCAAUCCUCAGGCAGCGAGUCCUCCCGCGGGCCUCGCAUGCAGCGCCAAGCGGCGCCGCCCCCGUCCUUCGAGGCGCUUCGCAGCGCGAGCGAGCCGGAGGCCGCAUGA